GCCGACGCACCUGCCAACGUUUAUUUAGGAGUCACCCGGUUGAAGGUGCUGUUGUAUACAAACACUCUCCCUCUAGAAUCUCGAUCGUUCUUUUCCUCCCUAGCUUCCUCUACUGUGAAGCCAGACAGAGAUAGUGGCGGCUGGGAAGGGGGUGUUGUUGGGCAUGGCGAAGGAUGAGAGCGUGCAGGAACCUCUCCUGCUCGCUAGCCACAUACCGGAUGACCAUGGCGGCAGCGACGGGAGCGGCGGAGGCCUGUCGGUGCGCGAGGAGGUGAAGAAGCAGCUAUGGCUUGCCGGCCCGCUCAUCGCCGGCGCGCUGCUGCAGAACCUGAUCCAGAUGAUCUCCGUCAUGUACGUCGGCCACCUCGGCGAGCUCGCCCUCGCCGGCGCCUCCAUGGCCAGCUCCUUCGCCAGCGUCACCGGCUUCAGCCUCCUGCUUGGAAUGGCAAGUGCACUGGACACCUUGUGCGGCCAGGCAUACGGCGCCAGGCAAUACCACCUCCUCGGCAUCUACAAGCAGCGGGCAAUGCUCAUACUCACCCUGGUCAGUGUCCCCCUCGCCGUCGUGUGGUUCUACACUCGCGAGAUCCUCCUCCUCUUCGGGCAGGACCCCGACAUUGCCAUGGAGGCCGGCACCUACGCGCGAUGGAUGAUCCCCGUGAUAUUCGCCUACGGCCUUCUGCAGUGCCACGUCCGGUUCCUGCAGACGCAGAACAUCGUGCUCCCGGUGAUGGCCGGCGCCGGCGCCGCCGCGGCGUUCCACCUCCUCGUCUGCUGGCUGCUCGUCUACGUCGCCGGGAUGGGCAGCAAGGGCGCCGCGCUCAGCAACGCCGUUUCCUACUGGAUCUACGUCAUCAUACUGGCCGUGUAUGUGAGGGUGUCCAGCUCUUGCAAGAAGACGUGGACGGGGUUCUCCACGGAGGCGUUCCGUGAUAUGCUCAGCUUCUUCACGCUCGCCGUCCCGUCCGCUCUCAUGGUCUGUUUGGAAAUGUGGUCGUUCGAGCUCAUAGUGCUCCUCUCAGGCCUUCUUCCCAACCCAAAGUUGGAGACUUCCGUCCUAUCCAUCAGCCUCAACACCGCUGCCUUCGUGUGGAUGAUCCCCUUCGGCCUCGGAUCUGCUAUAAGCACCCGCGUCUCAAACGAGCUUGGUGCGGGGCGCCCCAACGCUGCGCGCCUUGCAGUGCGUGUCGUCGUCUUCCUGGCCAUUGCCGAGGGGCUGCUCAUAGGGCUGCUGCUCAUAUGUAUCCGCUACGUCUGGGGACAUGCCUACAGCGACGUGGAGGAGGUUGUCACUUACGUUGCCCAGAUGAUGUUGAUUAUCUCAGUCUCCAAUUUCUUCGAUGGAAUUCAGUGUGUUCUUUCAGGAGUUGCUAGAGGCUGUGGAUGGCAGAAGAUCGGUGCUUGGAUCAAUCUUAGCGCCUACUAUAUCGUCGGCAUCCCUUCGGCUUACCUCAUAGCCUUUGUCUUGCACGUCGGUGGGAUGGGCCUUUGGUUGGGCAUCAUCUGUGGUCUGAUAGUGCAAGUCCUGCUGCUCAUGGCCAUCACAAUAUGCACAGACUGGGAUAAAGAGGCAGCGAAGGCGACAAACCGGGUCUACAGUUCUUCUAUCCCGGCAGAUCUCGCAACAUAAAGAUGAUGCAAUCUAAGCUGUCGAUGUAAACAAACUAGGAAACAGACUAGGCUACAUGUGCUUAUAGGGGCUUUCAUGCCUGGGAUCACUAU